GAGUCUGUCUGAGAAAUCGAGGAAAUCCAGGAAGCUGAAUGAUUCCCAAAUAAGUAUUUUGAGUACAGGGGUGACCCCCAACUUAUGUGUUUUUGCUGGUAGUCCACAAGGGGCCCAGUUUAAUGAGGGACCUCCUCAAAUGUGUGAAGGCAGUGAUUAGUUUUGUGAUGAAAUGGUCACCCCUGGGUCUGAAUAAACUGACUACAUGUGGAAAGGCAAAUGCAUGAUGCCGAUAAACUGAGAGCCAGCAACUUUAUAUUGGAAAGUUUGGAAAAUAAACCUGGGUUUUGCCUGAAGAGCUGUGGUGUCCCUGUCUGUGUGCUUCUAAUCCUCUGCGUACCUGCAUACCCACUCUAUGAGGCUUAUUGUUAAUGAAGCCAGAGAUGUUUAUGAAUAAUGGGAAACUCCCAAACCAGAUCCAUGGGCUGGAUGCUCCUUAAUGGGCAGAGACGCAGUAUUCCAGAGGGGAAACAGAAGUUCUAUUUCACUUUCACUUCCUGCUCCCAGUGAUGGCGACGGCUGGAGUAAGAGAUGAGCUGAACUGCUCCGUGUGCUGGAAGAUUUAUACAGACCCUGUAACUCUGCCGUGUGGCCAUAACUAUUGUCUGGUCUGUAUUGAGAGAACAUGGGACUGGCAGAAGAGUAUAGAGGAAAAGCCUUCCUGCCCUAUGUGCCGACACAUAUAUGGAAAACAGCCUGAACUGAAUAUUAACUUGUCUCUAUGUAACAUAACAGAGCGAUUCCAUGUGACUGCUCCUGAUCAUGGCAGGACUGAGAUUCUCUGCACUUACUGUGACUCCUCUGUAGCUGCUGCUAAAUCCUGUCUGUUGUGUGAGACUUCUCUGUGUGACAGACAUGUGCAGGAACAUAGCAAGUCACCAGGACAUGUAUUAACUGUGCCAAAUGCUUCAUUUCAAGAUGCAAAAUGCUCCACCCACCAGGAGCUGCUGAGAUAUCUCUGCACCGAAGAUGAGGCCCCUGUCUGUGUGUCCUGCUGUCUGGCUGGGGAGCACCGGGGACACAAGGUGGAGCUGCUGAAUGAGGAUAAUAAGGAGAAAUAUAUUCAAGCAAUGGCGGCCGCUGGGAUGAGAUCUGAGCUGACCUGCUUCAUGUGCCGGGGGAUUUAUAAAAUGCCUGUAACCCUGCCGUGUGGCCAUAACUUCUGUCUGAUCUGUAUUGAGAGAACAUGGAAACGGAGGAAGGGAUUCGAAGAAGAUUUUUCAUGCCCUGAAUGCCAACACAGAUACAAGAAAAGGCGUGAACUGAACAAUAAUAUGACUCUGUGUUACAUAGCAAUGGAUUUCCUCCGUACUCAACCACAACAUGGGACCCUCUGCUCUUACUGUGACUUCUCUGUACGUGCUGCUAAAUUCUGUCUGGACUGUGAGGCUUCUCUGUGUGAUUAUCAUGUGCAAAAACACAGCCAGUCAGUACAACACAAACUGAUAGACUCCAGGACGAUAUUCAGACAUAGAGUUUGUGGCACUCACCAGAAGCCCCUGGAGUAUUUCUGUUGGGAGGAUGAAGCCUGUGUCUGUGAGGGUUGUGUCCCAGGACACGAGGGCCACAGGCUGGAGAAGCUGAACAAGGGAACUGAGCAAAUUCUAAGAGAACUUCAGGAGAAUCAAGAAAAAAAACAAAGAAUUCUUGAAGUGAUGCGCAUAUCCGAUCUGAAACACAAACUGAGUUGCUCUAAGUGCCGGGAGAUUUAUACAGAGCCUGUAACUCUGCCGUGUGGCCAUAACUUCUGCCGGGUCUGUAUUGAGAGAACAUGGAAAGAGCUGAGGAAUGAGAAAUAUUUUUGCAAUGAAUGCACAGUGAGAUACAGGGAACAGCCUCCGCUUAAGAGAAAUGUGACUCUGAGUAACAUAACGAAGCUUUUCCUUAUCUACAGAAAGAAAGGGACCUGCCCUGUGCCUGCAGUGAAGCAGGAUUCAUAUCUAACCUGCUCCGUGUGCCGGGAGAUUUAUACAGAGCCUGUGACUCUGUCGUGUGGCCAUAACUUCUGUCUGGUCUGUAUUGUGAGAACAUGGGAAGAGCAGAGGGAGAAGAAUGAAGCUCCUUACUGCCCUGAAUGCAGAGAGAAAUAUUGGAUAUACCCCGGGCUGUACAAGAACCCCAGUCUGGGUCACAUGGUGCAGAGAGUCACUCAGAGAGAUACUUUCCUUAGAGUCUUCUGCACUUACUGUCUCCACUCAGCUGUACCAGCAACUAAAUCCUGCCUGCACUGUGCCACCUCUAUGUGUGAGGAUCAUGUGACACAGCACAGCCAAUCACCAGAACAUGAAUUAACUGAACCCGCCGCAAGAUGCUCCGCCCACCAGGAGCUGCUGAGAUAUCUCUGCACUGAGGAUGGGGCCCAUGUCUGUGUGUCCUGCUGUCUGGCUGGGGAGCACCGGGGCCACAAGCUGGAGCUGCUGAAUGAGGCUUCAGAGAUAAGAAAUAUUCAAGACAAACUGAGCUGCUCCGUGUGCUGUAAGAUUUAUACAGAGCCUGUAACUCUGCCGUGUGGCCAUAACUUCUGUCUGGUCUGUAUUGUGAGAACAUGGGAAGAGCAGAGGGAGAGGAGAGAAGAACCUUCCUGCCCUCAAUGUGGAGUGAAAUACAUGAGAGAAAUGGAACUGAGAAAGAAUAACACAUUGUGUAACAUAGUGCCAUUACUUGUGCCUCCCCCUGAGCACGACCCCUCCUGUGUACCCAAGCACAGCAAGUCAGCAGAACAUGUCUCAUCUGAACCCAGCGCUUCCCCCGGCCUCACACACUGCUCCGCACACAGGGAACUGCUCCGAUAUCUCUGCACUGAGGAUGGGGCCCCUGUCUGUCUGUCCUGCUGUCUGGCUGGGGACCACCGGGGCCACAAGGUGCAAAUGUUCCAUGAGGAGCUGAAGCAACGAAAAAAUAGUUUUGAUAAACUUGCUUUAGAUACAGAUAAGGAGGAGUGAGACAUUUUACCAUAUAAAGGCACAAGGCUGCAGGCUGAGUUAUACAGGGAACUCUGAGUAUCACUCAUGUAUUAUAAGGGAUAA